CAUGCUGCUCUUUAUUUCAGACUACAGAUAUGAGCUUACGGAUAAGGGAGAUGAUGUACCACAAAGUCAAGCUGAACAAAAUCUUCUCAAGAAUCACUGGGAAACCAGAGCACCAGAUUGAUAUAGACACAGACAGAGAUUACUUCAUGAAUCCAUGGGAAGCAAAGGAGUAUGGAUUAGUGGAUUCUGUCAUAGAUGAUGGAAAACCAGGCCUGGUUGCACCAAUUGCAGAUGCAACACCUCCUCCGAAAACCAGAGUUUGGGAUCUGUGGAAAAUAGAAGGUAGUAAGAAGGCCAGGAAGAAUUUGCCUUCAGAGCUUAAGCUUUUUCAAAAUGGUUCUGAAGUUGGCAGUGGGAGCGAGGAUAAAGGCAGAGAGCAGGCGAAGGAGACGCGGACACCAGUAUGAAAGCAAAGUUUUUAGUACUGUUGAGAAAUACGAGACUAUAUUAAAUUUUAGAUGUUUAAACGGUCAUAAGAUUAAUAAAUCAGUGCAAAUAUAAGUUAUUUAGGGAUUCUGUUUUAGGAGAUGGAGAAAAUGUUAAGGGUUUGAAGUUUCUUGUAAUAUUCUUGUAGAUGGUAUAUUCUAGUGUGUUAAUAUCUUUGCUAAUUGUUGCCUGCAUGCCUAAUUUGCUGUGGUUAAACUGAAAGUAA